AUGAAAUUGAUUAAAGUUAUAGCAGCAGUAGUUAACUUGCCUUUUAUGAGAGCUGUCUUUGCAGAAUUCUUGGGAACCACUGUCUUCUUGUUUGUUAGUUUAGCAACCAGUAUUUCACAAAAUCAACCUACCCUGUCUAGCUCUACUCAGGUUUCCCUGUCAUUUGGAAUUUCUGUGACAGUGAUGUCCUACUGUGUUGGUCAGUUCAGUGGUGCCCAUCUGAACCCUGCUGUGACAAUAGCCAUGCUGGCUGGGCUGCGACUGAGUCUGCCGAGGGCAGUAUGUUUUAUUUCAGCACAGUUACUUGGAGCCAUAGCAGCUUCAGCUCUUCUCUAUGGACUGAUUCCUCCAAACAUUCAAGGCAACUUAGGAAUAAACUUGGUAUCCCCGAGUGUAACUCUAUUCCAGGCAGUUAUACUGGAGAUGAUCAUCACCUUCCAAUUAGUUCUGUGCAUCUUCGUCGCAUCAGACCCUAGAAGAGUCAACUCCAUGCACUUUGCCAUUGGUUUAUCAGUCAUUCUUGGACACCUGGCAGCUAUUAGGUAUACUGGCUGUGGUAUGAAUCCAGCGCGCUCAUUCGGGCCAGCGGUAGUCACUUUUAAUUUCCAAAACCACUGGAAUUCUUUCCAGAUAGAAGUCACCUUUGGCUCAGAGAUACAGCGAUUUAUCAGGAUGGAAACUAGGAGAGCAAGUAAGUCAGCUGCUAACUGGAGGAAACUGGAAGGGAUAUUGUCAGCAGAUGUGGAACAUGAUUUAAGCUUGGAGAGCAGAGACUUAUUGUAG